AUGGCUCUUCGCCCCUCUUCUGCUGUGCAAGCCAUGGUGCACCGCUGGGCGGUUGGGGCUUUAAGGGGGUAUGUGACAGCAGGUGCGGCAGCAGCAAGGGGUGGUUCGGGCGUGUUUUCUGGUUUGGAGAUUCUUAGCACGGCGCUGAAUCACGCUGUGGCUGAGAUGGUUCGAGGAGCGAGGCUCAUGGGAGUCGAGGAGGAUGGGCUCGGUGGAGGUUCGGAAGGAGGUACGGAAGCAGGUGUGGGAGAAGUUACGAAAGCAGGUCAGGAAGAGGGUACGGAAGCAGGUAUGGGAGGAGGUACGGGAGAUGCAGGAGAGGGGCAAAGAGGGGCAAGCGUGGGGGUGCUGUCAGAGAAGUUAUUCCCGCCUGGGUGGAGGGCGGUGGGGGAUAGGGCAUGGCUGGAGGCGCAUAGGAAGGAGAUAGUGGCCUUGCAGGUGAGCUGUGGGGAGGACGGCAGGCAGCAAGAGGUUUGUCUUCGAGACAUGAAGCUGUGGCUGUAA